UAUCAGUGGUUUACUGGCAUUGUGGCUGAUUGUGGCGAUGAAUGGCCGCCUCUUUCAGUGUGCCCCAACUCUGUUUUUCUCCAAUUCAUUAAUUUCCAAUUUAGUGGAGCGUGUAUAAAAAUAAUCAUCACCCCAUUAACACAGUGUAACUGAGAAUCGCGUGGUUAUCGCUGAAUCCUGGGACCGUUGCACGUUACAAUGGACAAAACAACCGAUGGACUGACGUUCCAUUCAGACAGAAAUAAUGGUGCUGAAGAUGUACCAAUGACUCUGGCCAAUGUCGAUGAGAGAGUUGCUAUCCUUGAUGCUGGUGCUCAGUAUGGGAAGGUGAUCGAUCGUAAAGUCCGAGAAUUGAAUGUUGAGUGUGAAAUUCUACCGUUAGACACACCGGCAUAUGUGUUGAAAGAAAAAGGAUACAAGGCCAUAAUAAUAUCUGGCGGUCCAAACUCAGUGUACGCCGAGGACGCGCCUCGAUACGACGGCGAUAUCUUCCGAAUAGGUAUUCCAGUACUUGGGAUUUGCUAUGGGAUGCAGAUGAUGAAUAAAGAAUUCGGUGGUACGGUAAUAAGAAAAGAAGGCAGAGAGGAUGGACAAUUUUCGAUUGAAGUAGACACCAAGUGCCUGUUAUUCAAAGGCCUUGAGAAAGACCAAUUAGUGCUGCUUACCCACGGUGACAGUAUAGACAGGGUUGCUGAUUGUUUCCGUACAACAGCUAAAUCAUCUAACUUCAUUGUUGGUAUAGCCAGUGAUAAAAUGAAUCUGUACGGAGUACAAUUUCAUCCCGAGGUAGAUUUAACACCAAAUGGAAAACAAAUGUUACACAACUUUUUAUUCGGCGUUGUUGGAUUGUCCGGUAAUUACACAAUGAGAGGACGCGAGGCAAUGUGCAUUCAGUACAUAAGAGAGACAGUUGGUAAUAAUAAAGUACUGCUGUUAGUAAGCGGUGGAGUUGAUUCAACUGUUUGUGCUGCACUACUUCAUAAAGCAUUGAAUAAAGAACAAGUUAUUCCAUUGCACAUAAAUAAUGGCUUCAUGCGCAAAGGUGAAACACCAUUUGUUGAGCAGAGUUUGGCUCAAUUGGGUAUUAAACUUCGGAUUGUUAAUGCUGCUCACAACUUCAUGGAGGGCACAACUUCAGUACCACUUGAUAACAUAUUGCCAGCUAAUGCUGUUAAUAAUAAGGGAAUUGGUGGUACGCCGAUAAGUCCAAGGACAAGAUUAACGAAAAUGCUGUGUCAAACGACGAAUCCUGAGGAGAAGAGGAAGAUCAUUGGUGAUGUCUUUGUGAGGGUGGCCAAUGAUGCUAUGGCUGAGAUGGGACUCAAACCGGAAGAGGUUUUUCUUGGACAGGGAACACUCAGACCUGAUCUUAUCGAGAGCGCCAGUGCAUUGGCAAGUGGCAAAGCUGAUGCUAUUAAAACUCACCACAACGACAGUGAGCUCGUCAGAGCCCUCAGAGAUCAGGGGAGAGUUGUGGAGCCCCUGAAAGAUUUUCAUAAGGAUGAAGUACGACAAAUUGGGUGUGACCUUGGAUUACCAUCUCCUCUCGUACAACGACACCCUUACCCUGGCCCUGGACUGGCAAUUCGUAUUCUCUGCGCUGUUGACCCAUUCAUGGACAAAGAUUUCUCAGAGACUCAAGUAAUUGUAAAAAUAAUGGCAGAGUACGAGCAAAUGCUUCAGAAGAAACAUGCAUUAUUGAAUCGCGUUGAGGGUGCGACAAGUGAUGGCGAACGUCAGUGCUUGCGAAGGGUAUCGAGUAGUCACCAUAUCGCAGCAACACUCUUGCCAAUUCGUAGCGUUGGUGUUCAAGGCGAUCGAAGAAGUUACAGUUACGUAGUUGGCCUGUCCCUCGAGGAAGUUGCACCAGAGGCCAUCAACUGGGAUGACCUAGUCUUCCUCGCGAGACUCAUACCUCGUGUGUGUCAUAAUGUUAAUCGUGUUUGCUACAUAUUUGGCCCGAUGGUACAUCAUCCAGUAACAGACAUCACCCCAACACAUUUGACAUCGAAUGUCAUAUCAACACUCAGGCAGGCUGAUCAUUUAGCUAAUCAAGUAUUGGUUGGUAAUGGUUGCAUGGGGGCAAUCAGUCAAAUGCCUGUUAUUCUCAUUCCUGUGCACUUUGAUCGUGACGCUGCCUCUAGAGCACCAUCAUGCCAGCGCUCUGUCGUACUCAGGCCAUUCUGCUCCAGUGAUUUCAUGACUGGUACACCUGCCAUACCAGGAAAUCAGUUACCGGUGCAUGUGGUGAAGAAAAUCGUAACUGAAAUAUCAACCGUACCCGGUAUCUCUCGUGUUUUGUACGAUCUAUCAUCGAAGCCCCCAGGCACAACCGAGUGGGAGUAGUAAACAAUUGAUUCCCACAUCAAUCCCAGCCCCCCUCUUUCUAUUUUUUCACCAUCCAUUGCGCAUAACAACAACCGAAAA